AUGAUGAAGUUGGCUGCUGUUUGCAUUGUGGUGCUGGCCUUGAUUGGCAGCUUAUGUGAUGCCCAGACCUAUCCUUCAAAAUACCCUCCAGUCCCUUCAUACCCUCAAAAGCCUCAAGAGCCCGAACAGCAAAAGCAAGUAUUUGAACCACCACUCACCUGGAAAUAUCCUGAAGCGCCCCAGCCUGAAGUCAAGCCCACUGUGCCAUUCGAACAGAGAUACCCUGUUGCUGCUGCAACUGUUGCUGUUCAGUGUCAAGAGAGUUAUGCUCACGUGGAAGUCAAGAAGGACAUGUUCGGCACUGGCCAGAUCAUCAGUCCAGCUGACCUCACCCUAGGUGACUGUGCCCCCGUAUCCGAGGAUACCACUGCUCAAGUGUUGAUUUAUCAAGCUGCAUUGCAAGACUGUGGGAGUGUGUUGUCGAUGACAGAUGACUCUCUCGUCUACACCUAUACUUUGAACUACAACCCAAAACCGAUGGGGAGUGCUCCUGUUGUGAGGACCAGCCAAGCUGCAGUAAUUGUGGAGUGCCACUACCCAAGAAACCAGAAUGUGAGCAGUCUUGGCAUUAUUCCCCACUGGGUGCCAUUCUCUCAAGUGAAGAUGGCCGAGGAGUUCUUGUACUUCACUCUGACACUUAUGACUGAUGACUGGCUGUACGAGAGACCAAGUCACCAGUACUUCCUUGGAGACCUGAUACGCAUAGAGGCUACCGUCAAGCAGUACUUCCACAUACCCCUGCGUGUUUACAUAGACAGAUGUAUAGCUUCUAUUACAACUGACGUAACCUCCACCCCCAACUACGCCUUCAUCGACAACCACGGGUGUUUGGUUGAUGCCAGAAUCACAGGCUCCCAGUCAAAGUACAUGGCUCGCACUGCAGAGAACGUGCUUCAGUUCCAGCUGGAGGCCUUCAGGUUCCAGGGUGCUACUAGUGGCGUGAUUUACAUUACCUGCUACUUACUAGCCACAUCUACAUCUCAGGCCAUUGAUGAUGACCACAGAGCUUGUUCUUAUACUAGCGGAUGGAGAGAGGUCAGUGGAGCUGAUGCAGCUUGCGCCUCUUGUGAGUCUAGCAAUUUUGUGGUUUAUACCAUCCCACCAGUUGCAGCUGGUACCUCAACUGUCGUUGGUCCAGGAGCAACAACUUUACCAGCUCCUGCACCAGCUCCUGCACCAGCUCCUGCACCAGCUCCUGCAGCUCCUGGGAAACCAGCAUACCCUCUUUAUCCUUCUUAUCCUAACACAAGGAAAAUUCGUCAUGCGUACCAACCUGAAUUUCCAGAAUGGGAAGGUCAAGUCAUUCUGGGUCCCAUUCCCAUUGGGGAGAAGAAGCACUAA